GUCAGUGUAUGAUAGAUGAAACAUCUGACAGACUCCCAGUUUGCAAUGGAGGGAAGAGUGAGGAAACCAGUCCUCAGAGAGUGAACGCUGACCAGGUACUAUGGCUUCAUCUACUUCACGUAUUCACUUUUUCUUUCUGUAUUUGACAUCAGCUGAAUUACAUAUCAUUUAUUGUUCAUUGGUAAAUUAUUUUUGAAUGUACUCUUUUCCAUUUGCAAGAUGUUUAAGUGAGGGAAGAUAUGUGUACAGUGUUGCAGACACAUAAUUAAUAUGGAUUUCUUUGUUUUCUCUCCAUAUAGGUGUUUUUUCAGCAGUGUGGUCAGAGCAGCCUUGUCUUCUCAGAGAUGUCCAUCAAUUCUGUAAUCACUGUAGAGCCUCAACAUCACUUUGGUUGUACCAGAAGUUUGACGUGUGUGUGUUUUGCACAGUGGGCGAGGUCUUCUUCACAUGAGGAGCGUGUGUGACGGUUGCAGUGCUGGCCGAGGCAGUGCAUGUGGUUGCGGCGGCGCGUCUCUGCUACUGCUGUGCUCAUGGCUCAGAGGAGGGCUACAGGUGGCUGCUGCUGCCCGAGAGCUCCCCUGAACGAAGACAACGCCCGCUUCUUCCUGCUGGCCGGCCUCAUCCUCCUGUACUUGCUGUGCGGGGCGGCCAUCUUCUCAGCCCUGGAGCAUCCCUUUGAGCUUCGCGCACGUCUUCUCUGGAACCAGCAGUUGGAGAAUUUCACCCGGCGAUACAAGGUGAACCUGGGCGCCCUGCACACUCUGCUGCGGCAGUACGAGGAGGCGAACGGAGCUGGGAUCAGAGUGGACGCGCUCAGGCCACGAUGGGACUUUUCUGGAGCAUUUUACUUUGUGGGCACAGUGGUCUCCACUAUUGGUUUUGGCAUGACGACCCCAGCGACAAUAGCAGGGAAAAUAUUCCUGAUCUUUUACGGUCUGAUUGGCUGUGCCGCCACCAUCCUCUUCUUUAACCUUUUCCUGGAGAGGAUCAUUACGAUGUUGGCGUACAUCAUGCGCUGGUGUCACGAGCGUCGGCUGAGAUGUGCCGGAGUCCAGGUGGUGUCGAGCCGAGAGGGGUCGCCCGGCGAGGAGGACAGCCUGGAAGGCUGGAAGCCGUCGGUCUAUUACGUGAUGUUGAUCCUGGGACUGGCGUCUGUUUUGAUCGCGUGCAGCGCCUCCACCCUGUACAGCUCCAUGGAGAACUGGAGCUACGUGGACUCCCUCUACUUUUGCUUCGUAGCUUUUAGCACCAUCGGCUUUGGUGACCUGGUGAGCAGUCAGAGACAGCAGUACGAGUCCCAGGAAGCCUACCGCCUUGGAAACUGCCUCUUCAUUUUAAUGGGAGUAUGUUGCAUCUACUCGCUUUUCAAUGUCAUUUCCAUCAUCAUCAAGCAAACUCUCAACUGGAUUUUAGGUAAACUGGUCUGCUCGGGCCAGCAUAAGCUUUGUUCCUGCUCUACGUGUAGCUGCUGGUGGCUUUGCUGCCCCUGCCUGCAGAGGAAAAGCCACAACCAAAGACGCCUGCCCGCUCGCCUCAGGCCGAAACGCACGAAACGCAACGCGGUGCAGCCCGUCUCCUCACAGCGCCCCGCGGGCCGACACCACUGCAGAGACGGCUCGGUGGACACAGUGUGUGACAGCGAGACGGACGCCGGGACGGUGGCUGAAGUGUGCGUAGGGCGACGUCUGUCGGGAGAGAUGAUCUCCGUCAACGAGUUCAUGGUCUCCAACAAAGUGUCCCUGGCGCUGCUGCAAAAGCAGCUGAGCGAAACGGCACACCAGGGCCCCCGGCAAAGCUACAGCCACCAAAAUGGAUUCUCUGGUGGCGUGGGGGCCUUGGGAAUCAUGAACAACCGCUUACAGGAAACGAGCGUGGAUAGAUAGCUUCAGAGCCGUAGUCGUCCCUGUGCUGUGUACAUCGCUUUGGAUUCUGUAGACUGAAUCUCUUUUUAAAGCUGCUCUUUAGGAAGUGAUCAAACAAAAGCAAUAAUGAUUGUCAGCGUCAAUACGAGUGAACAAAAUCCUGAUCUUGGAAAGGUGUUUGGUCCAAACCAUAUCAGACGAUGGUGAACUUCCAGCAGAUUUUCUCCUCAUAGCGUGAGGAGAAAAAGACGAUUAAAAGAAUUCAGCAUCAGCUUGAAGAGGGGUCUGAUGUCUUGAAGUGAUUGACUCAUACCAAAGCAAUCACAGGAAACAAGCAGUGAAGGAUCACUUGAAAAGGACUGCUGAUUUAAGAGUCUCACACAUGUCCCCUCAGCUACUCAACCCAUAUGGCUGUAUGUGAGGCGGUCGUCUGUAUUAGUGAGCACACAGACACAGUAGCUACAGUGUCCACUAAGAUAAGUAGCUGC